UUGUUCUCCAGAGGAGCUGGACAUCAUUUUCAUUUGUCUCCUGAUUCAUCAGUUAGAAUAGAUACACAAUAUAAAAUGUUCAACACCACCUCCUCCAUGUUGAACCUGACCACCCCCCCGCCCGGCUGCCCCCCCGUCGGUAUCCAGCUGGAGGGCCUGAUUCUGCCCCCGGUGCUCACCGUGGACGUGGUGCUGGGGCUGCUGGGAAACGUGGUGGCUCUGUGGAUCUUCUGCUUCAAGCUGAAGACCUGGAACCCCAACAACCUGUUCCUCUUCAACCUGGUCAUCGCAGACUUCCUGGCUCUGGUGAGUCUGCCGCUGAGGAUCGACGCCUUGCUCAGGGGCCACUGGGUGUUCGGAGACGGUCUGUGCCGGAUCAACCUCUUCCUGAUGUUCUCCAACCGCUCGGCCAGCAUCGCGCUCAUGACGGUGGUCGCCAUCUACCGCUACUUCAAGGUGGUCCACCCUCACCACCGCUUCAACCGGCUGACCCUGCGUCAGGCCGCGCUGGUGUCGGCGUUCGUCUGGCUGCUGGUCGCCGCUCCUCGGCUCCCCAUGCUGGCCUUCAGCCACAUCAAGGGCGCCGGCGACGGGACCCAGUGCUUCUUCUUCACCUCCUACAAAGAGGCGUCGCGGGCCAUCGUGGUCUUGGUCGGCACGCACCGCGUCCUGACGGUGCUGGAGUUCGUCUUCCCGACGGCCAUGCUGCUGUUCUGCUCCGUCCGCAUCUCCGGCUUCCUGAGGCGCCGGCGGAUGGGGAACCCGGAGAAGGUGCGGAUGGCCAUGCGGGUGUGCGUCGCCAUCGUGGCGGUGUUCACCGUGUGCUUCCUGCCCACCACGGUGGCGACCGUCGGGGUGUGGGUGAUCCGCUCGUACCGGCCGUGGGACUGCGCCUCCUUCUACACCUUCACCCAGCUCACCAUCGUGUCCCUGGGGCUGAACUUCCUGAACUCGGCGCUGGACCCCGUGGUCUACGUCUUCUCCAGCUCCAUGUUCCGGAGGGCGCUCUGUGGCGCGCUGCCCCGGGCACUGCGCUGCGGCGAGUCGGACGACAGCGAGAACGCGGCGUCGUCGGGGACUCAAACCACCGACCAGCAGGAGAUGAAGUCCACGAGGGCCGAGACAGGAAGUGGAGCCAUGUGACCAGCUUUCCCUCCAUUAUAACGACUGGAUUCGAUAUUCACGACUCAUUAUAUUGUAUUUAAACGUCCAGAUUUACUUUUAGUUUGGAGGGUAUGAAUUCACUUUUGCUUCAUAUUUAUUCUCAUUAUUAGCGAUCCAACAUCUUCCUCAAGUUCUGGUUCAUUUAGUAGAAAGAAACACGUUAUUCAUGUUAUUUUCUCCACUUAAAAUAAUAGAAUCAAGUGUUUCUUUGGUCUUUAGAUGUUUUCUCAUUUUAUAAAUGAAUCUGCCUUCAUUGAUUUGUGCCUUCAGUGACUCAAACAUAUGUUUGAACUCUAUUGGCCCCUAACAUGUCCCCUGACUGACUUAUAUGUUCAUGUUGUUCUCUUCAAACCCAAACUGGUUCUCAUGGUUCCACUUUGGAGACAUUUCACAUGUCAGUCAUCGUUUCAGACACUUUAUAUUUUUACAAAAAAUCCUCCUGUUGUUUGAAAGUUGAUGAUCUCUUUUAGACGAGACUUCUUUAGGUUUGAUCUG